ACUUGCGACUGUUUAGUCAAGAUAUUAGGUCUUCCACGCUUACGACGAAUAAGUUCCAUUGCACAAGUUCACUGUAAUUAAAGCGCUAUUGCAAUAUCUAUGUUAUCUAGUCUCGAUCGUACUGCUCUGAAGAAGUAAAGAGAAACGCGAAACUUUCUUUGAACACUACUUGAAGCCAACUCGAACCUUAGCGUCGUCACCAACGUCAUCAAUCUACCAUUGGUUUCAACACAACAUUGUUCUUUAAAAAAAGUUCAAAACUGGAUAAAAUGAUAUUUAGUCUUUCUUAUUGUCCCGCAAAGAAUUGAAAUUGCUAAAUUGUACAGUAAAUUGUAAAGAACUUUCAAUAUAUAAAAUUAAUGAAUUGCUAUUAAGAUAAGGUUAACAUUCUACAAGUUCGAGAGUUACAACAUAACAUAACGGUAUCGUCUCCGAAAAUCUCUUUCGUUAUUCAUUCUGCGCAUCGUACGGUACAUAAUCUUGUACAAGUUGUCUUACAAAAUUUAAAUAUGAGUAGUGACAAAAUCACUUGUCCUAUUUGCUCCAAAGAAUUUUCAGCUGCAGUAAUAGAAAGCCAUGCUAGUAGAUGUUUGUUUUUAAAUGAAUCAGUCAGUAGUGAAUCUUCAACUUCCUGCAAAAAUGAAAGUCCUACUAGAAAAUUAAUUAAAUUGAGCAAUAUCAAAGGCAAGAAGAAUAAUUUGGGAACAACAAACAGAAGUAAUAAUGUAACAGAAUCAUCUUUACUAAAUACAGAUAAUCAGGGUUCUGGAAUUUCAUCAAAUGACAAUAUUGACACACAUAAAGAAGUUAAAAAACCAGUUAGAAGCAAUCAUGUUCCACUUGCUGAACGGAUGAGACCCACAUCACUUUCAGGAUAUGUUGGACAAAUACAUAUUCUUGGUCCAUCCAGUGUACUUUAUCAACUAUUACAGAAAACUGAAAUUCCAAAUAUAAUUUUGUGGGGCCCACCUGGUUGUGGGAAGACUUCCUUAGCAAAUGUUAUAGCAUCCAUAUGCAAAAAUAAUUCAGAUAAUAGAAUAAGAUAUAUCAAGAUGUCUGCUGCAAUGGUGGGAGUUCAUGAAAUAAAAGAAGUUAUCACUGUAGCUAGUAAUGAAUUGAAAUUCAAAAGACGUACAGUAGUAUUCAUGGAUGAAAUACAUCGGUUCAGUAAAACUCAACAAGAUGUAUUUUUACCACAUGUUGAAUCUGGAACCAUUAGAUUAAUUGGCGCGACAACGGAAAAUCCUUCCUUCAGUUUGAAUUCUGCUCUUUUAAGUCGGUGCAGAGUGAUUGUUCUAGAGAAACUAUCUGUGCCAAAUUUAAUAUCUAUAUUAAAUCGAGCUGUGUCUUCAUUAGAUGGAAUAGUACUCAGUUCAAUAAAAAACCUGGAGGACAAUAAGGAAAUACCAAAAUUUAUCAUAGACGAACCUACUAUAGAGUGGUUAGCAGAAACGUGCGAUGGUGAUGCUAGAAUAGCACUAGGUGGUCUUGAAUUAGCAAUUCAAUGUAAAGUACCAACUGAAAACGAAACUUUAGCUGACCCUGUCACAAUUACUUUAAAUGAUAUUAAAGAGAGUAUUAAGAAGAGUCAUAUGUUGUAUGAUAAAAAAGGCGAUCAACAUUAUGAUAUGAUUUCUGCUUUACAUAAGUCAGUUAGAGCAAGUGAUGAAAAUGCGUCUCUAUAUUGGCUAACUAGGAUGAUAUUAGGUGGCGAAGAUCCAGUUUAUAUUGCACGGAGAUUAGUAAGGAUGGCAUGCGAAGAUAUUGGCUUGGAAGAUCCAAAAGCUCUUGGAAUUGCUAUACAUACAAUGCAUGGUUGUAAAAUGAUUGGAAUGCCCGAGUGUGAUGUCCUUUUGGCACAAUGUACAACAUAUUUAGCAAGAGCCCCUAAAUCCAGAUUAAUGGAAGAUGCACUCAGAGCUGCUCAAAGAAUAGUUGCUGAACAUAAAGGUCCUCAACCAGGGGUACCACUGCAUUUAAGAAAUGCCCCAACAAAAUUGAUGAAAAAUCUUGGAUAUGGUAAAAAUUACAAUAUGAAACAAAAAGAUGAAUCUGGAUUAUGUUACUUACCAGAAGGAUUGGAACAUAUAGACUUUUUCCAAAUGUGAUUAAAACUUUAAAUUUAAUUGUAAUGUAAUUUUUGUUUAUAUAUAAACAUUUUACAAUAUAUUUAUAAUAUUAA